ACAUACGGAGUGUUUGAGAAGUUGAGGGUCAGGGGACCAAAGCCACUCAUGUAUUGGGGGACAGUUGGGAGGCAUAACCAGGUGUACUACUUGGAUGACUAUGAAUGUGCUAAAAAGUAUGGAAGAGUAUGGGGCUUGUAUGAGCUCAGGAGGCCCAUGCUGGCUGUGAUGGAUCCUGAAAUGCUGAAAAUCAUCCUUGUUAAAGAGUGCUUCACAUACUUUACCAACCGAAGAAACUUCCGCCUGAAUGGGGACCUCUAUGACGCCGUGAACAUUGCUGAAGAUGAUCAGUGGAGACGAAUUCGUAACCAAGUUACUCCUUCAUUCACCUCUGGGCGUAUAAAAGAGAUGUUCAACAUAAUGCAGCAUCAUUCCCACAAGAUGGUUGUUGGCUUGCAAUCUAAGGUGGACAACAGUGAAGUUAUUACCAUGAAAGACAUUUUUGGACCCUACAGCAUGGAUGUGAUGGCGAGCUGUGUAUUUAGUGUGGACCUGGACUCAAUUAACGAGCCUUCAAAUCCCUUCAUUACGCAUGCUUCGAAGCUUUUUAGAUUUCCUGUGCCUCUUUUCUUGUUUCAAGGGUUUUUUCCUUUCUUUCUUCCUCUGCUGAAAUUCCUUGGAGUUUCACUAUUCCUGAAGUCCUCUACUUCUUUCUUUAGAACAGUUGUGGAGAAAAUAAGAGCAGAACGGAAUGAGAGCUCAAAAACGAAUGUGGCCGAUAUUCUUCAGUAUUUUAUCAACUAUCAAACAAAAACCCUCACCAAAGUAAUGGAGAAUCAAGGUCUUAAUGAUCAUGAGAUCCUUUCCCAAGUCACAAUGCUCAUCUUUGCUGGGUAUGAAACUAGUGCCACCACUCUUACUUUCUUAGCAUACACGUUGGCAAGGAAUCCUGAAGUCAUGAAACAUCUGCAGCAGGAAAUAGACUCAACUUUUCCAGAGAAGGGUCCCAUCCGGUAUGAAAGUCUGAUACAGAUGGGGUACCUCAGCAGUGUGGUGGAUGAGUGUUUGAGGCUCUAUCCCCCAGCUGCACGUCUGGAGAGAAUGGCUAAAGAAACUGUGAAGAUCAAAGGAAUCACAAUCCCCAAGAACAUGAUUGUUAUGGUUCCAGUUUAUGCUCUGCACCGUGACCCAGAGUUAUGGCCAAAUCCAGAGGAGUUCAAACCUGAGCGAUUUAGUAAGAAGAACAAACAGAGCAUCAACCCGUAUACUUACCUGCCGUUUGGGAUCGGACCACGGAACUGUCUGGGGAUGCGAUUUGCUCUGGUAAUGAUCAAACUGGCCUUGGUGAAAGUUUUGCAGAACUACAGCUUCCUGGUCUGUGACGAGACUGAGAUCCCUCUGAGGAUGCACCCUGAGGGCCUGAUGGGACCUCUGCAGCCAAUCAAACUAAAGCUACAGAAACGCUCCCUCAACUCAGCAGACCUGGACAACUGAUGACUGACUGACCGUACAUCGCUCAAGGCUAAGCCUAUGUAUGCAGUUGUUAGUAGCAGUUUGAUUUGAUAAAGAGCAUUUGAUACUAAUUUUUGUUUAUGUUAAUAAACAGCAAUAUUUCAGUUAAAUAUUUUGGAACAUUGUCUUUAGGUUUUCUACAUAGUUUAAAGGUGCCUUUCUGUUUCUCAUCCCCGCCUGAGUUUACCCAGACUUGUUGAAAUCAUAUUGAUCAAAUAGAAAAACAUUUGUCAAAGUAUGAACUUAUUAAAGAGAAAGUUAAGAUAUUAAGAUAAUUUCUCCAAAAAUAUUCUUAAGAAUUAUAUUGAAAUAUGAUUGGUGAAAGAGCACAAUUUUUUACUAUUAUAUUAUUUCCAAACUGUUACCUUUUACAAAAUAUUGGGUCCACAUAAAGUAAAUCUUUGUCCAUUUUUAACUCCUCAUAAGCAACACUGACAACACAUUAUGAAAAAAAAAUCCCAAAUGUCAUUUACUAAAGCUGCAGACAUACCUACCAGAAAGUACAUAUUCCACAUAUUCCAUCUGUUUGCUAAACGUAAGAUUGUUUAUGUGCAGAAAUCUUCAACCACGCUGUUUUACAAACCAAAUUUAAAACACUUUUAGUGCCUAACAGAACAAUUUUAUCCACCAAUACUUUAAAUAAUUCUAAUACAGUCAUAUGAAAAAGUUUGGGCACCCCUAUUAAUCUUAAUCAUUUUUAUUUUUAAAUAUUUGGGUGUUUGCAACAGCUAUUUCAGUUUGAUAUAUGUAAUAACUGAUGGACACAAUAAUAUUUCAGUAUUGAAAUGAGGUUUAUUGUACUAACAGAAAAUGUGCAAUAUGCAUCAAAACAAACUUUGACAGGUACAAAAAUUUGGGUACCCUUAUCAUUUUAUUGAUUGAAUACUCCUAACUACUUUUCACUGACUUACUGAUGCACAAAAUUGGUUUGGUAACCUCAUUAAGCUUUGAACUUCAUAGCCACGUGUAGCCAAUUAUGAGAAAAGGUAUUUAAUGUGGCCAAAUGCAAGUUGUUCUCCUAUUUGAAUCUCCUCUGAAGAGUGGCAACAUGGGCACCUCAAAACUGCUCUCAAAUGAUCUGAAAACAAAGAUUGUUCAACAUAGUUGUGUAGGGGAAGAAUACAAAAAGUUGUCUCAGAGAUUUAAUCUGUCAGUUUCCACUGUGAGGAACAUAGUAAGGGAAUGGAAGAUCACUGGGACAGUUCUUGUUAAGCCCAGAAGUGGCAGGCCAAGAAAAA